CAUUCCCUGUUUUCCUGCUUGCCAUUAUUAAGCGCUAUCUAGCUAGCACAUUGGAAUAAUUCGGCAAAAUUAGAUAACACGACAAAAUAAGAAAACGGCGAGAAUACGGGUAUAGGUAAAAAAAAAAACGUUUUGCAUUACUUUGAAUAGUCCGAAUGUGAGACGACACCUCGCUUGGAAUGAUUUCAUCCGCAUUUAUGUUCUGCAUUUGAGGUUUCUUUCAUCCGCGCAGCUGCAUUAUGCGGACGGUUAUAUUUUAGGCUGGCUGGCGGUGUAGCAGUCUAUUCGUGCAAUGCACCGCUCAAAACGUCUCACAAUUAUUUUUCCUACACGUGGAGGAUCAAAGCAGCACAGAGAAUGCUUAAACAUGGGAUAGGCGUUUUAUGUGGUCAGUAUUUAUCUGCUAUGAUUUUGAAGAUCCGAGGUCAGAGACAGACAGCGGCUGUCCUCAAACGCGUCAUAGCCCACUUCUGCUGGAUGCAAAGAAAGAAAGACAGACUUGAGAUAGCCUUCUGACUCUUUAAAUAUUUAAGAAAACGGACUCUUCAAAACUGAAGAUAUGCUAGUCUCUGUCUAACAUCUUCUACGAUCGAUCUUCUAACAAUACAUUUUAAACAGAGAAGUCACGUAUGAGAGCCCAUAACCAGGCUCCAAAAUUACCCCGAACUAGGACGCAGCCUAAAAAUUGAUCCAAUGCGAAAUGGUAGGUGGUUAAAGCUUAUUAUUGAAAUUGUGUAAUUAGCCUAAGUUAUGUUAGAAUAUGAGCAAUCGAAAUCUGAAAUAGAGCCUAUGUUUCAGCUUUGUUUCUCUGUUAAACGUCCGGCAGAUAGUAGCCUAGCCUAUCAAUGCGCACACAGUUCAAUUUGAUCAUACUGUAGCAAUUAUCUACUGUUGAUUUGCAGCACCAGCUUCUCCAGUUGGAAUGUCGCCUACGGUAUAUACAUACAAAAAAAUGCCUUCAUCAACACAAAUGUACAUUGAACCCUAUUGCACAUCGCAACAAGGAGGACUCCUGAAUUUGUCCUGAAUCGUUCCAAAAAUACUGCAAUUUAGAUCCCGGACAUCAACAACUUUAAUGGCUUUUGUGUUAAGAAGAUGGAGAGUGUUAUUGGUGCUGAACGUGGUUGCGGUUGCGGGGUUCAUGACACUUUGGACCAAGUGCACCCACACCCGAGUAGCAAAAACCAUCGGUCAGGAAGAUGUGAAAAGACAAUCACGAUCUAACGGCACUGCUCAAGGUUUGAGCAUCAGUCAUGAAGUAUUGCUAAAGAGACUCGGGUCGUUGGAGGACGUGGUUUACAGACAGCUUAAUGGUCUGUCCAAGUCCUUGGGGCUGAUCGAGGGUUUUGGGGGGCGAGGUAAAGGGGGUUUCCCUGCCACCCUAGCCUCAAAAGAAGAGGCUGAUGCCAAAGUACUGAGGGAGAAAUAUGGAUACAAUGCUUACCUCAGCCAAAAGAUAUCACUGGACCGGUCCAUACCAGACUUCCGGCCUAGCAAGUGUAAAAAGGCCAGCUUCCCCAGGGAUCUUCCAAACAUCUCCCUUAUCUUCAUCUUUGUCAAUGAGGCGUUGUCAGUAAUCCUCCGCUCCGUCCACUCAGCUGUCAAUCACACACCGGCUCACCUCCUCAAAGAGAUCAUCUUGGUGGAUGACUACAGCGAUGACGUUAUAUUUGGUUGUGUCCCAGAACAACUGAAAGGGCCGUUGGAGGAUUAUGUAAACAAGCGUUACCCAGGUAUGGUGAAAAUCGUAAGGAACCAGAAGCGAGAGGGACUGAUCCGUGCCCGCAUCGAGGGCUGGAAGGCAGCCAGUAGCGAGGUGACGGGUUUCUUCGAUGCCCACGUUGAGUUCACACCCUCCUGGGCUGAGCCGGUUCUGAUCAGAAUCAAAGAGGACCACAAGAGGAUCAUCCUGCCCUCCAUCGAUAACAUCAAGCACGAGACUUUUGAGUUGGAGCGCUAUGAGAACUCUGGCCAUGGCUACAAUUGGGAGCUGUGGUGCAUGUACAUCAACCCCCCCAAACAGUGGUGGGAUGACGGGGACACCUCCGCACCCAUAAGAACUCCUGCAAUGAUUGGUUGCUCCUUUGUGGUCAACCGGGAGUACUUUGGGCACCUGGGGCUGCUGGACUCUGGCAUGGACGUCUACGGAGGAGAGAACAUCGAACUGGGGAUCAAGGUGUGGCUGUGUGGGGGCAGUAUGGAGGUGCUGCCCUGCUCCAGAGUAGCUCACAUCGCCAGGAUGAAGAAGCCCUACCACAGCAACAUAGCCUCCAGCACGCGGCGUAAUGCCCUGCGUGUGGCCGAGGUCUGGAUGGACCAGUUUAAGUCCCAAGUCUACCUGGCCUGGAACAUUCCAAUGGAGGCCGGCUCGGUCCUCCCCUCCCGCCCCGUGGCUCGACGACUCAUUGCGAGCUCACAGAACAGGGCUCCGGGCAGCCGAGCGGAAAUGGAGAAAAACUCGCCUCCCUGCGGACCUGGCAUCCUUUCACUCCCUCCUCUCUACAUUUUCCUCCUCUGUCUCUGCUGCUAAAGCCAUUUUCUACCACUCUAAAUUCCAAGCAUCUGCCUCUAACCCUAGGAAGCUCUUUGCCACCUUCUCCCCCCCCUCCUCCCUCUCUGCAGAUGACUUCGUCAACCACUUUGAAAAGAAGGUCGACGACAUCCGAUCCUCGUUUGCUAAGUCAAACGGCACCGCUGGUUCUGCUCACACUGCCCUACCCUGUGCUCUGACCUCUUUCUCCCCUCUCUCUCCAGAUGAAAUCUCGCGUCUUGUGACGGCCGGCCGCCCAACAACCUGCCCGCUUGACCCUAUCCCCUCUCUUCUCCAGACCAUUUCCGGAGACCUUCUCCCUUACCUCACCUCGCUCAUCAACUCAUCCCUGACCGCUGGCUACGUCCCUUCCGUCUUCAAGAGAGCGAGAGUUGCACCCCUUCUGAAAAAACCUACAAUCGAUCCCUCCGAUGUCAACAACUACAGACCAGUAUCCCUUCUUUCUUUUCUCUCCAAAACUCUUGAACGUGCCGUCCUUGGCCAGCUCUCCCGCUAUCUCUCUCUGAAUGACCUUCUCGAUCCAAAUCAGUCAGGUUUCAAGACUAGUCAUUCAACUGAGACUGCUCUUCUCUGUAUCACGGAGGCGCUCCGCACCGCUAAAGCUAACUCUCUCUCCUCUGCUCUCAUCCUUCUAGACCUAUCGGCUGCCUUCGAUACUGUGAACCAUCAGAUCCUCCUCUCCACCCUCUCCGAGUUGGGCAUCUCCGGCGCGGCCCACGCUUGGAUUGCGUCCUACCUGACAG